CCCCCCGCGGGGCGGGCGCCAUGAACUGCAUGUGGCGCGUCACCCGCGGCGUGUGGCAGCUGGAGCUGCGCAAGCUCAUGGUGUUCCUCAUCGCGUUCGGCGUGCUGUCCAUGUGCCUCACCAUGUACUACAUGAACGACUCCGACAAGGUGAAGGAGCUGCGGGUCGGGCCGCGCAUCGGCUGCGACGACAACAGCACGGGCGGCUCGGGGGCGAGGGCCGUCGCCGGCAACGCGAACCGCGCGGCCGCCGCGGCCGCCGUGGCCGCGGCGGCCACGGAGCCCGUGGUGCUGGUGUUCCUCGAAAGCUACUUCUCUCAGCUCGGCCAGGAGAUCAUCGCCAUCCUGGAGAUGAGCCGCUUCCGCUACCGGGCGGAGAUCGCGCCGGGCAAGGGCGACAUGCCCACGCUGACGGAGAACCGGCGCGGCAAGUACGCGCUGGUCGUGUACGAGAACGUGCUUAAGUACGUGAACCUGGACGCGUGGAACCGCGAGCUGCUCGACAAGUACUGCCUCGAGUACGGCGUGGGCGUCAUCGGCUUCUUCAAGGCGAACGAGAACAGCCUCCUGAGCGCCCAGCUCAAGGGCUUCCCCCUCUACCUGCACUCGAACCUGGGGCUCAAGGACUGCUUCGUGAACCCCAGCUCGCCGCUGCUCUACGUGACGCGCGCCAAGGAGGUCAUCCAGGAGCCGCUGCCCGGCGACGACUGGACCGUGUUCCAGUUCAACCACACGACGUACCUGCCCGUGCUGCUGGCGCGCACCAAGUCGUCGGACCUGAUCCCGCACCCGGGCGUCGCGCCCGUCUACCACCCCACGGUGGUGCAGGACCUGGGCCUGUACGACGGCGUGCAGCGAGUGCUCUUCGGCAACAACCUGGCGCUGUGGUUGCACAAGCUGGUGUUCGUGGACGCCGUGGCGUUCCUGACGGGGCGCCGCCUCGCGCUGCCCCUCGAGCGCUACGUGCUCGUCGACAUCGACGACAUCUUCGUCGGCAAGGAGGGCACGCGCAUGAAGGUGCAGGACGUGGAGGCCCUGCUGAACACGCAGAUGAAGCUGCGGGAGCGUGUGAAGAACUUCACCUUCAACCUCGGCUUCUCCGGAAAAUUCUACCACACAGGCACGGACGAGGAGGACAAUGGUGAUGACAUGCUCAUCUCCCACCGUGACCAGUUCUGGUGGUUCCCACACAUGUGGAGCCACAUGCAGCCCCACCUCUUCUACAACCAGAGCGUCCUCGUCGAGCAGAUGGGACUCAACCGCCAGUUUGCCCUGGACCACGGCAUCCCGACGGACAUGGGCUACGCUGUGGCGCCGCACCACUCGGGCGUCUACCCCGUGCACACGCAGCUGUACGAGGCGUGGAAGAGCGUGUGGAACAUCCGCGUGACGAGCACAGAGGAGUACCCGCACCUCAAGCCCGCGCGCUUCCGCCGUGGGUUCAUCCACCGCGGGAUCAAGGUUCUUCCUCGCCAGACGUGUGGCCUCUUCACUCACACCAUCUUCAUCAAGGAGUAUCCCGGAGGCUCCAAGGAGCUGGACAAGAGCAUCCAGGGGGGCGAGCUCUUCCUCACCGUGCUGCUCAACCCAAUCAGCAUAUUCAUGACGCACCUCUCCAACUACGGCAACGACCGUCUCGGGCUGCACACCUUCGAGACCCUGGUGGACUUCGUGGGCUGCUGGACGAACCUGCAGCUGGCGACGCUGCCGCCCGUGCAGCUGGCGAAUAAGUACUUCCAGCUGUUCCCGCAGGACAAGGACCCCCUGUGGCAGAACCCUUGCAACGACAAGAGGCACCAGGACAUUUGGUCUAAAGAGAAGACCUGCGACCGCCUGCCCAAGCUGUUGGUGAUCGGGCCCCAGAAGACCGGCACCACGGCACUCUACACAUUCCUGAAGCUUCACCCGGCCAUCACGAGCAGCUUCCCCAGCCCCGCGGCCUACGAGGAGGUGCAGUUCUUCAACGGCGCCAACUACCACCGAGGCCUCGACUGGUACAUGGAGUUCUUCCCCGCGCCGUCGAACCGCAGCGCGGAGCUGCUGUUCGAGAAGAGCGCCACGUACUUUGCGAGCGAGCCGGCGCCGCACCGCGCCUUCGCGCUGCUGCCCACGGCCAAGCUCAUCACCAUCCUCAUCCCGCCCGCCGACCGCGCGCACUCGUGGUACCAGCAUCAGAGGGCACACCGAGACGCCGCCGCCACCAACUACUCGUUCCACGAGGCCAUCGCGGCGGGGCCCGACGCGCCCGCCUCACUGCGCAGCCUGCAGAGCCACUGCCUCCUGCCGGGCCGAUACGCGUCACACCUGGAGCGGUGGCUCGCCAGCUACCCGCCGAACCAGCUGUUAAUUAUCGACGGGCAGCUCUUCAAGGUGAACCCGGCGGAGGUGAUGGAGCGAGUUCAGAAAUUCCUCGAGGUCAAGCCGUACCUGAACUACACGCGCACGCUCACGUUUGACGUGGAAAAGGGCUUCUGGUGUCACGUGCUCCCGGACGGCAAGCGGCAGUGCCUGGGCACCGGCAAGGGCCGGAGAUACCCCGAGAUGGAGCCGCGGUCACGGGAGUUCCUCUCGGACUACUACAGAGAGCAGAACGCGGAGCUGCUGAAGCUGCUCAGCCGCCUGCGCUACCCGCUGCCCACGUGGCUGCGCGACGAACUGCCGCCCCCGAGGCCUCGCCCGGACCCCCACAAGAACAGAUAGCAGCGAAAACGCCCCCCGCACUUCCGCGCCGAUGGUUCGGUCCGCACCGCGCGCCUCUGAGCCGGGGCCUGGCCCAUUGCCGCUGAGCAGGGGUGGAGGGGGGGGGGGGGGGUGUGUGCGGGGGGCGUGGGGGGCGCCGCCAGCUGGCCCCGUCGUUAUUUGCACAGAUACUUUUUUUUUCCUUCCCCCUUUUGACAGUGGGUGUCGUCGCUUCUCGUCUGCGGCGGAGUCGGCCGCGUGUGUUCUGAUCUUUCGGUUUGGAAAGAUUGGGAUUUCCUUGGGCAAUUCCUUCGUGUACAUUGUCGGCGUUGGCGCAAGCCGGAGUACCCAGAGAAAACCCAGCCGGCACGACGAGAUCAAGCUGAAAAGUGCAUUGAGAUAAGUCCGCUGGUUUGUGGCGGUACACCAGCGUCACUGGAACAUCAAAGGCCUGGAGGAUGGUCCCCGCUGUUCACGCCGCUGCACCUCACCGUCGCUCUUCCCCUCUGCCAGAUUCCCGCCCGCUUGGCGGGCCACGGGUCGCCGAACCUCCGGGUGCCGCUCCUAAAGCGCGUCUCGGUGUCUCGCGCCCCCUUCCAUCCUGCGCGCUCGCUCCACCUCGUCAGUGAACCCGCCCCGCCGCGUCGGGUUUCAGAACGUUCCACUCUUUCUUUUAUUGCGCCCUGGAACGGUCAACGCGAAGUGUCGAUUCGACGACUCCACAGCGACCGUUGGGGAUAAACGCCGCGGGCUGCCUCUCCCUCUCUCUCGCUCGCUUGCACGAGGUCGCCCGACGCUCGUGGAGCCCAAGCCAAGGUACCCCGAUGGGACAAUGCAAUAUUCCAGUUGCGGCCUCAUUGCAGGCAUUGGCUUCCUCUUCUCAUCUCAGCUGUGAAUAUGUGAAUAUUUUUUUUUUCUUUGCCGAGUCGGCCCUCAUUCUCGAUUGUCGUGGUCUCGAAAGCCGUGAAUGCGAUGGCCUGGAGCAUUCGGGCUUAGCGACUGCUGCGUUCAAGGACCAGAGACGGUUGCACUUGACAACAAUUGUUGCCGACAGGUGUAAAUAGAGCCCCCCUCUCCGAUGUAAAUAUGUGCAUAGUUGUGCAGACCAUGGUGCAAAGGUCAUAAAAGGCGAUUGUAAAUGCUGACGUGCAAACCUGUCUCUUUAUUUGAUGUCAGGGUAUUGUUCUGGUAGCUACACAAAUUUCCGGGUUCAAGCCUUUGAAGCCACUACUUUUUUUUACAGCUGAAUGUGAAGUCGUAGAAAGUGUCUCGGUUUUCAUCUCUGUCACUGAUUACUACACACACACACACAACUGUUGCCAUUAAACUUCGGGUUGUGUUUUAUUUAAUUGUGCUGUAGUCCUUUUAAUUAUCCACCCAGGGGAAGCCUCAGUGAGUCCUCCAUACUCUUAUGAUCAAGAGGGCCCUGCGUUUGGGAUGUUUGGCCAGUUCAUUUUUGAGCGUACAUUAGCAAGUAUAGAAGGAGUAGGCCAGAAUUGCUUUGGAACAUCCACAAUAUCACAAGAAGAUAACGUUCGAACUCGACUACAGAGAUUGACCAUCGUCUCUUCCUUCCGUCAUAUCAUUAUAUACUCCACUGCCCCACACAAACAGGGCUCUUUAUGAAAUGGACUGUGACACUUUUGUAAAUCACCCAACCGCAUCGGGAUUUAUUUCGGCAGCAUUUAAAACAAAAUUGCGAAGGUGCUCGCUGCCUGCAUCAACGUGCGGUGGCGGCGUGUAGUAUUUUUGGCCAGAAUUGUCAUGGUUUUUUUUUUUUCACGUAAGCUUCAUAUCCACCCAACAUAGUCAGUUCGUUACGACUUUAGCACACGGGUGUGGUGGAGAGUAAACCCACUGCAGCAUUGACGAUUCGAGCACCGUGAUGUUUCGCCGGUGAUUGCAACCAGCCUCAUCAGGAGACAGUCACAAUUGUGGAGAAACCCCCUCCUGUUUCGAUCUUAAAUAGAGGGAUAAGUUAAUAAAAAAAAAGCUCUUAUGGGUGAUAUUGGUCGCGAAAGCUUAGUGUCAAACUGACUUCACCUCUAUGGGGAGGAUACUUUUUUCCCCCAUAUAUUUUUCUUUAAAAUUUUAAUUUAAGUUUGUUUCUUACCCCCCCCCCCCCUGCAGUUGAAUUAAUCAUCCAUUCGAAUCCCACUCGAGUACAUUUCAGAUAAAUAAAUAAAUAAAAACGGCCAGCCCAACGCGAACGGAAGUUAACAGUUUAGCGGCGUUGAAAAAGGGGACGCGAAUUGCUCGCGGCUGGCGGUAAAUGACGUGGGGACGAUUGAGCGAGUGGAAUCGAGCUGCUGCCUUUGCGUGGAAAUGAGCCGAGCGGCGUUCAAAGUGGGGGGCGGGGGGGGGGAUCACUCCGCAUUGCGCGCGCGGUGAUUUGGCGGAAUCGUAACUCUAAACAUUCGCCCCCGCGUGUGGGGAAAGGGGUCGCUGUGAAGAUUCAUGUACUCGUGAUAAGGCAACGGGACUUCUCUCACGCUCACUUUUGUUUUCAUCUUUUGCCUUGUGGAGCAGUGACGUGAAGCUGGCCAACUGGUGUGUGUGCGCAUUACAGGGCCACCACUGUCGCCAUGCUGCGCCGUACCCUUCCGGCUUGUGCUCACAAGUUUAUAUUCUCUUCUUCAUCAUCAUCGGCUGCAAAAAGAAAAAUGGGGUGUUUUUUUAUUACGAAAAAACUCAACUUACCUGUAAAAAUUUUUUUUUUAUCGACGCAAACACCUUAACAUUUAAUUUUUAAUAUUUUAAUGUAAAGUUAUUUAAAGAGAUCAUCUCUAUACAAGAUUUGUUUUCAAAUCUGAAACAAGGUGCAUAACAAGAAUCAGUUUCAAGUGAACAUAUUUUUCGAUGUAUUUACAAGCUAAAUGGUUGUAGCAUUUCAGAAUCACUGCUGGUGUACAGCUGCUUUGUCAAUCCACUGGUCGAGUAAGGCCUUGCCAUGCCGGUCAUGAGGAUAGUUUGACCAUACCUCACCGCACUGGUUAAUGCGGGUUGGUGAACAGCUGAGAUCCAAGGGAUCGGUUCAAAUAUUGCCAGCCGUGGCCAGACAUAUGUCAUUGUCGGCCGGGAAUCGAACUCAGGUGCACCGGGUCCGUAGCGCAAUCAUGCUAAUCGCUGCCCUGUCGUUUUUCCUUAUGCGAUGCACGAAUGUUCGACGCUCUGCGUUGAGUUCUAGCAGCGAUGCCAUCACAAAAACAAUAUCCUCCAGAAAUUGUUCCGCCAAGUUGUUUCAAAGUCAUAAGAAUAAUAACAAAAAUAUCUUAAAUUAUUGCGAUCCUUAAUUUACCCAGGUAAGCCUCGCCGAGUCUUAAGACUUUAUUUCGGGCUCUGCAUUGUGACGGACCCUUAAUUGGUGUUGCAGAACCAGGCUGUCCACUCUUCCCAUCGCCGAUCCCCACCCUAGCGAUCGGUGCCCCCGCUACUCGCCCGCGUGUGUGGGAGAACACACGGCCUCGUCACCAUCGCGACAGUCUGCCGCCCGUGCCGCCCUGCCGUAUUUAUCUGGCUCCAGUGUAAAUCUACCCCUACCCCCCCUUGCCCCCCAAUGUGUUUUUAACGUUCCGCCGUGGGACAAUAAGUAUCGUGGUGCAAUUUGCUUUUUUUUUGAGCACUGACUUUUUGUAUAUUUAGAAUCGAUGCAAUCUGUGUAUAUGAGCAUUUCAUUAUUUCUUGGGAAAAGGGAAAUAACGCUUGGCGGCAGCUGGAGAUGUUUUCGCUGUCGAUAAAAAAAAAAUGUUGGUUCGGUUUCAGUUCUCUGCUGAACCACGACUGUGGUUUUGUCAGCGAGGUUAGGCAUCUUGUGCAGGCCUUGAUAUCAGCAUAAAGUAUACCUGUAUACCGAAAGCAACAAUAGUAUUAUAACGCACAUUUGCAAGAGCCGAGAGGGCGGCCGUUUUCACGGAACACAAACGG